AUGACUGACAUUGAAUAUCUCAAGAGCCUCCAGGCGGUGCGUGAGAGAUCUCGCUUGGUCCUUGGAGCCGCUGAGAAGGACGAGCUUACCCAUUUCACCUACGAUGCUUCGCUCAUGCCGAAGGCUGCUGAGUUUGUCGCAGGGGUUAUAAAUAGAGACUUCGGACCUGACCGAUUCGAUCAAAUCCCACCUCAUGGACGAUGGCAGCACUUUGAUGUUGGCGGUGUGGCGCGGAUCGACCAACUCGUCCACGAGUGGAAACUCCAGGGCUUGAAUAAACAAGAAACCACACGUCGCUUAAUCGAUCUUUUCUUCGUUGCUGUGCUUCUUGAUGCUGGUGCUGGUGAUACUUGGUCUUUUACCGAGCCUGGGACUGGGAAUGUCUAUGGGCGGAGUGAAGGCAUCGCUGUUGCGGCUUUGUAUAUGUUCAAGGCGGGUGCAUUCUCAAGCAACCCAAACAAAGCUGAGUCAGUCGAUGGAAAUGCUUUGGCAGGGUUGGAGUUUGACAGUUUUCAUCACUAUUUCCAACUUAAGCCGAAGAACAUGAUCGUGGGCGAGGCUUCUCGUGUCAAGCUGCUGAAAGCCGUCGGUUCGUCUUUGCUGGCUCUACCCAACAUCUUUGGACCAAAUGGUAGACCUGGCAAUCUCGUUGACUACUUGAGCAAAGACCGUGACCACUCAGAGCCUCUAGACUUUGAAAUAUUGUGGACGGUGCUGCAAGAGACGCUUCUUCCUACUUGGCCAAAAGAUCGCACUCAUAUCGCUGGUGUUCCGAUCGGGGAUGCCUGGCCAUUGGAAGUCCUGGCACGCAUAAAUGUCGGCAAACAAAGCCAGAAUAACACGCUUGGCAUCCAACCAUUCCACAAACUGACUCAGUGGAUGGCAUAUUCACUAACUGUGCCAUUCAUGAGAAUUCUACAACGCGAAUGGAAAAAUCUUGAUCUGGGCACCGGACUCCCAGAAUACAGAAAUGGGGGUCUGUUUGUCGAUCUCGGGGUUUUGAAGCUGAAAGAACCGACUCUGAAGCAGGGCCGAGAUAUUUCAAAGCAAGACUUACCGAGUUUCAAUGCCACUGGAGAUGUGAUUGUUGAGUGGCGUGCGAUGACAGUGGCGCUACUCGAUGAGCUUCACAAGCUUCUCGGUGAUCAAUUCUCUGGACAGGGGGUUUCAUUGACUAUGCCUCAAAUGCUGGAGGCCGGUACCUGGAAGGGUGGCAGGGAGCUCGCUGCUAAACUUCGGCCUCUGACUAAGUCUAGUCCCAUUCUGAUUGAAGGUGAUGGGACUCUUUUCUGA